AUGUGUGCUGACUCAACACUAGUCCAGGAUCCAGUGAACAAAAAAUGUGCUAUUACUGUUGCCAAUGGACAACAAUUACAGUGUGAAAUGCAUGAAGAUGAUGUGCCCGGCAGCUGCGUCUCUUGCCUUACUGGAAAGAUGCAUGAGUCAUCUUAUCCUAGGUCAAGUGGGGGACGUGCUGCUCAUCCGCUGGACCUGAUCCAUAGUGAUGAAGACCUUCGGUUAUCUUAUGAAGCACAAAUCGGAAAUGGGACUACAAGCCUGCCUUUACAGUCACCACUAUCGGAUGUUUACCGUACUGCAAGUGAAGAUUCUACUGAGGAUGAUGAUGAUGAGGCUGAGAUUGGUUGUGGUCUAACAUUAACAAGCAUGCUAGUUAUUGCUCGAAGGUUGUGGCUCACCAACCAACCAAGAAUAUUGUGGGCUGCACAUAAUAAUGAAGAAGUGUGGCUCAGGCGCCACAAAAGAAAUAUUUCUCGACAGUGUUUAGAGCAAAUAAGUGAAAUGCCAGUUUUC